UAUCGUCAAUCCGUGAAAAACGAGGAGACUCGUCGGCACUUUCCUUCCAAUGCGACCAAAAACCAGAUAAAUCCUCCUGUUGUGCCUUCCAAUCCUUCACUCUCUUUCUUUUGCUUGUCUAAAAAUUCCGUUUGGCAGAAGUUGCUGACAUCUCUGUUUGGUGUUCAUUGAGGCCCUCUUCUCAGUUUUUCUCUUUGCAUCACUAUCUUCACAAGAUCUGGCACUAUUCGCCUCAGAACUCCAAAAUGGACCAUUUUUCUAAUUUUAAGAUCUGGGUCUUGACCCUUAGCUUGAUUUUCCAAUCUGUAUAUGGGUUUUACCUUCCGGGUAGCUACCCCCACAAAUACAAUGUCGGUGAAGCUUUAUCAGUGAAAGUGAAUUCCAUUACUUCUAUUGAUACCGAGAUGCCAUUUAGCUAUUACAGUCUACCCUUUUGCCAGCCUGCAGAGGGUAUCAAGGAUAGUGCUGAAAAUCUCGGUGAGCUCCUUAUGGGAGAUAGGAUUGAGAAUUCCCCAUAUAGGUUUAAGAUGCAUGUGAAUGAGAGUGAGAUCUUUUUGUGUCGAGCUGACCCCUUAUCUACUGAGAACUUUAAGCUUUUGAAGAAGAGGAUUGAUGAGAUGUAUCAGGUUAAUUUGAUUCUUGAUAAUUUGCCGGCAAUAAGGUAUACUAAGAAGGAGGCAUACUUGUUGAGGUGGACAGGAUAUCCUGUUGGAAUUAAGGUUCAGGAUGCCUAUUAUGUUUUUAACCAUUUGAAGUUUAAAGUUCUUGUUCAUAAGUAUGAGGAGGCCAAUAUGGCACGCGUGAUGGGGACUGGAGAUGGUGCUGAGGUCAUUCCAACAAUUGGGAAUGGAGGAUCUGAUAUUCCUGGGUACAUGGUUGUGGGAUUUGAAGUAGUUCCUUGCAACUUCAUGCAUAAUGUUCAGUCCGUGAAGAACUCGAAAAUGUAUGGCAAAUACCCAUCUCCAAUUAAGUGCGAUCCAACCACUGUGGCUAUGCCAAUUAGGGAGAAUGAGCCAAUUGUUUUUACCUAUGAGGUCACCUUUGAGGAGAGUGAUAUAAAGUGGCCAUCGAGAUGGGAUGCCUAUUUGAGGAUGGAGGGGUCAAAGGUCCAUUGGUUCUCGAUCAUGAAUUCUCUGAUGGUUAUCACCUUCCUUGCUGGUAUUGUCCUUGUCAUUUUCUUGAGGACUGUGAGGAGAGAUCUGACCCGUUAUGAGGAACUUGACAAGGAGGCUCAAGCACAGAUGAACGAGGAGUUAUCUGGGUGGAAACUUGUUGUGGGUGAUGUUUUCCGUGCCCCAACCAAUGCCUCACUUCUAUGUGUUAUGGUUGGAGAUGGAGUUCAGAUCCUUGGGAUGGCGGUUGUGACAAUCUUGUUUGCUGCUCUUGGAUUCAUGUCACCAGCUUCCCGUGGAACUCUCAUUACAGGUAUGCUUAUAUUCUACAUGAUUCUCGGUAUUGCAGCUGGCUAUGUAGCAGUUCGCCUUUGGAGGACUAUUGGAUGUGGCGAUCACAAAGGAUGGGUUUCAGUUUCCUGGAGGGCUGCCUGCUUUUUCCCUGGUAUUGCCUUUUUUAUCUUAACGAUUUUGAAUUUCCUACUGUGGGGUAGUCAUAGCACAGGUGCCAUUCCAAUCUCUUUGUUUGUCGUUCUGAUUCUGCUCUGGUUCUGCAUCUCUGUUCCCCUUACUCUUAUUGGGGGAUACUUUGGGGCAAAGGCACCCCAUAUUGAAUACCCAGUUCGAACCAACCAGAUUCCUAGGGAAAUACCAGCUCAAAAGUACCCAUCUUGGCUUCUCGUUCUUGGUGCCGGAACUCUUCCCUUUGGUACACUUUUCAUUGAGCUCUUCUUUAUCAUGUCUAGCAUCUGGAUGGGCCGUGUUUAUUAUGUUUUUGGGUUUCUCUUGAUUGUUUUUAUCCUUCUCGUGGUGGUUUGUGCCGAAGUGUCUCUUGUUUUAACUUACAUGCAUCUCUGCGUUGAGGACUGGAAAUGGUGGUGGAAGUCCUUCUUUGCUUCUGGUUCAGUGGCCAUCUACAUUUUCUUAUACUCCAUUAACUAUCUGGUAUUUGAUCUCAAGAGUUUAAGUGGGCCAAUCUCUGCAACGCUAUACCUUGGUUAUUCUCUUCUAAUGGUUCUAGCAAUUAUGUUUGCAACGGGAACAGUUGGAUUCCUUUCAUCGUUCUGGUUUGUGCACUACUUGUUCUCUUCAGUGAAGCUUGAUUGAACUGUGAAGAAGUUUCUUCGACCAAAAAAUUGGCACUUAUGGAGAGUAGCGUUAUAACUGGGGCAGAAAUGAUCGUUGCCCAUUACAAUAGUCUAUCUGGUUUUACUUUUGAGUUCACUUUCCUAGGGAGCUUACCAAAAUGUAAUAACAAUAAUGUCAACCUGUUUUUGCACUAUUCUUUUAUUAGAUGGGUGAUCUUGGCUUUGAUAGUAUGAAUGUGAUAUUAAAAAUUAAUUUUA